AUGAGUGACGAAGGCCAGACAAUCGCUUCAACCCAAAGUAUCGUGCUGGACUUGCCGCCGAGCUGUGUCGAGUUUUCCCAGACGCACCCCUCCUACUUCGUUGUCGGAACCUAUAACUUGCAGAAGGACGACAAGGUGGAAACAAAGCCCGAUGCCUCCGAAGACGACGAGAGUUCUUUCGAGCACGGAGAGGUGACCGCGGCAAAGAAGACGCAGAAUCGCAAUGGCACCCUCGUCGUGUUCAAGCUCGUGGAUGCAACGAUGCAUCAUGUCCAGGUAGUCUCACAGCCAUCUGCGAUCCUGGACCUUCACUUCUGCCCCAUCGUUGGCAAGCAAGACAUUCUAGCAGUGGCAUCCAGCACAGGCACGCUCGCUAUUAUGCGACUGGACCCAACAUCUGACGAGUCCUCGCCGCUGAAGCACAUCGCGACGAGCACAUUCCCUGAUACCCCUGACGGUGUCCUUUUCCUGUCUCUCGCCUGGCACCCGUCAGACCCCAAGGUCCUUGCUGUCACGACAUCAUCGAAUGACGUCUGCCUUGUGCGCCUUGACGAUGACUGGAAAAUAAUUCAGGAUGACCCGUACCCUGUCCUUACCCACUCACUCGAGGCCUGGACUGUCGCGUUCACCCCGCCUACAGCUUCCGACGAGGAUGGACGAACAGAGGAUGACCUCACGGUGUACUCGGGAGGUGAUGAUUCCGCCCUUCGAUACGUCGCCUUGGGCGCCACGGGACUAAGCGAAGAGAGCCGAUUCGGCCUCCUAUUUCCGCCCCUCAAGCUGGAUGCGCAUGAUGCAGGCGUGACGGCCAUCCUGCCGACGUCUUGCCAUCUUCACGAUGGGUCCAGGAUCGUGCUCACGGGAAGCUACGACGACACGUUCCGCAUUCUCGCGGUUCACUCGCCUCGCAAGACCUACGGAGCUCGCAAGUACAGCCGCGUAGCCGAAGAAUAUCUGGGAGGCGGUGUGUGGAGGCUGAAGCUGAUACAAGCGCGCCAGGAGGAAGACGAAUGGCACGCCACGGUCCUGGCUUCAUGCAUCAUCACGUUCGACCCAGAGCUCCCGAUCGAGGGUCGUCUUGCUCCGUCUAUCAUGGCCUCGGCGCAUCCCAAUGGCGCUGCCGGCAUCGGCUCGUCAAACGGCGGGGAGGUCGAUAUCCUCUCCCAGAUUCACCAGGCCCUCGAGGUCGUACACGCCCCCUACUCAGCCAACGAAGCUCGGAGGGAGGCGCAAGAGUUCCUCGAAAACGUCAAGGCCGUCGACGAAGCCCCCUUCCACGGCUACACCCUGGCCUCGAACAAGUCGCAGCCCGCCGUGGUCCGACACUAUGCGCUCUCGCUUCUCGAUAAUGCCAUCAAGCACAAGUGGGCCGACUACACCACCGAACAGGCCUCGACCCUCAGGGGGUGGAUGCUGGAGCUGUGCCAGGGCAUCUCGCAAGCCGAUCCGUUGUACAUCAGAAACAAGACGGCCCAGCUCUGGGUAGAGGUGGCAAAAAGGUCGUGGGGCACCGAGUGGAUGGACAUGGACGAGCUGCUGGUUCAGCUUUGGCAGGUGCCCGACUCGGCCGUACACAAGGAGCUCGUCAUGACGGUUCUCGAGACGCUGGGCUACGAGACCUUCUUUGGCGAUGACGUCGUGGUGGCCAUGAGGCAGGGGGUCCUUUGCAAAGGUUGGACAGAAAUCACCACGCCCACCGCUGUGCUGGCCGAGGCGAUCAAGAACCGCAACCCAGCCCCCGAGGUGCGGUACGGUGACGAGGGUUGGCUGGUGCGGUUGGUGACUCUGCUCGAGCAAUGUCUCAACGGCGACAUCAACGGCAACAGCGAAGUGCGUUCCUGCGCCGUGAAGGCGCUCUCCGUCCUCAGCACGUUAAUGCCGUGCACGAUACCCAAGGGCACGGCGGCCUCGAAAGUCGUCCCCGUCGCCUCCAGAGCGCUUGCUGCUUCCCAAGUGUCUGUCCAAAAGGGAGCUCUGGAGGUCUUGCAUGCCCUUUAUUCACGCGAUGACUUUUACGAUGAGGAGUUCGCAGAGCUGGUGGCGCCCAUGUACGAGCAGGCGUCGGUCGGACUGCUCAAGGAGCUCUUCAACUGGUCGGUGGUCGACGCCGAAGAUAUCGACGACGACAAAUACCAGUUCGCGAAGAAAUUCUCCGAGAUGCUGUCCUUACUUGGAAAUUAUCUUGAUCGCAAAUUCUCCGUCGUCCCCACGGGAUCAGAUAUCGAUGGUUUCCUGAAUCUUCUCGUUGUUGUAGCGCAAAGCCAGAGCCUCAUUGUGUCCAUCCCUGUGCUCGUAACGUGGACCCGUCUCCUGAACAACAGGUUAAUCGGGCAAAGCUCUGCCAACUCACAGCUCAUUGGGCCUCUGCUUGAGCUGUGCGGUUCGAGGCUCAUCAGAUACGAGAACCUGCCCGAAGACACGCAAGAUGCCACCUAUCUGUUCCUCAUGGAGGACACAGACACUAUGCCCGAGAGGCAUGCUUUCCUAGGCAACUACCGUCGCUACAGUAUGCAAGUCAUCGAGGCAAUUGUCCAGCUGAAGCCGUCCGACGCCAUCUCGCACAUCCUAGGCCAAACCGAGCAGGUGCUGCACCAUCUGUACGAUGGACAGCCGAGCCUGAAUGUCGCCGCAUACGCGAAGCAUUCCAUGCCUGUUCUACGCGCCGAUGCCCACUUGACCGUAAUCGAUGCAGCCAACAAGGGCUACAUGAAGUGGAGGGCCAACCCAAUCCAACGCGGCAAUCCCGAUUAUGAUCAACAACGAUCGAGCCUCGAGGACGGCCUCGAAUCUUGGUGUCACAGGCUUCUGGAUAUGAACUUCGAAGACCCAAUGAUUCGCAAGAGAGUACUGCAAAUCCUGGUCCUCAUGUCAACAUCAGCACUCGAUAAGAGACCUCAGUUCAUGCUGAAGGUCCUAGAGCACAUCCUAAUGACGUGGCCGGCGCCCCAGCCGGAACACCGUGCCUUUAACGAGGCCAUCAAGGACUUCCAGUCUGAAAGCAUGUUCGAACUGCAGAGGCUAGCAUCCAAGGUCCCCGAUCAUCUGCUUGCUGUUUAUGAUCAAGUCGAGACGCGGGUCCGUGACAUGGUCACCUCGGGGACGCUCGACGAGAAGCGACAGAUUGCAUAUCAAACAUUUCUGUUCAUCAUCGUUCACAGGGCGAGCAACAUUGACCCCCAGGUCCAGAUGCAGCGAUUGGAAGGCUUUAUCGAGCCAAUCAAGGCUCAGUGGCAGAACCCCGAGCUCAAGCAAGCCCUUUCGUCAUACUCUGGCUUCUGUGAGCUGAUGGCGCUAGACAAAGCGAAGGCCUAUCUCAGGAAUCACGGAGCUCAUACUGUUAGCGACUGGGGCGCGUGCGAGCUGGAUGCUGAAGGCCUUGCUCUGCAGGCGGAGCUCGAAGACAGGCAAAAGAUGCUACCCCUCCGACCGACCAAAUCUUUCUUGUCUUACUCGGUCGAAAAGCUGGAGAAGUCUUCCCAGCCCUUCCAGGCAUCAUACAGGCUCUGGAAUAACGAAGCCUUCCAGGCCAUCUUGCCUGAUCUUCUGCAAUUCCUCAGCCAUGCCCAUGCUUCGCACAACCCCGACAACUGGCCCGAAUUUCCCAAUGAGAUGGGCACCGUCGUCAAGCGGGUGCUCAGCGAUCGCUUUUGGCAGGCAGGCAUCUCGGAAGGCAGCAAAGACGAGUUCUACGCUCGCGUAACGGAUAGGAAAGGGACGCUGGAAGGUCUUGCAUCGACCAUCAGAGGCUCGGUGCGGUUCGUGCGAGAGACAUGCUAUGCGAUUAUUUACUGCAUGAGCCGGCUCGAGACGUACUUUUACGGCUUUGGCGAACUGCCAAGCCCCCUCGCCGAAGCGUUGUUCCAGAACGCAGUCCACCUGUCUGCCCAUCAACAGAUCAAUCUGCUCAACCUGACGAGAUACCUGGUGGACGAUUGUCCACUGGAACAGCGCGAGCACUUCCUGCCGCCGCUCCUGGCGAAUUGCUUCCGACAGAUGGACGCGAAGAUCAGUUCCGAAUGGAAGAGGCUCGAGGACCAGCAGAAGAUUGACGUCGGAAGCGACGACCUGACCGAGGAGAUGAAGUCGGAGAGCAUCCUGCGGCAGGUCACUCACACGGCAGUCAUCAUGGUCGCCGAUUUCCUUGACCCAACGAAGCGAAACCCCGCGCCGCUGCGGCCACAGGAUCCUCCCAAACGAUACCCGACGCUGAGAAAGUUCUGUCUCAUGCACUCCAGCAUCGUCGAGCCUCUUCUUCUGUUCAGCACGCACGCUAUCCGAAUGAGAGAUGGGAGGUGCUGCAACAUUAUUCUGCGUGUCUUCCGAUCGAUCGUGCCCGACUUCCAGUCGUCCGAUGUCACAGCUGCAGGCGGCGAUGGCCACACACAACAGGACGGCGGCGCGGAUCCCUGGCUCGACACGACGGCCAUCGACCAUGAGAGGGCCACGCAGAUUCGCGAAUACAUCUCAACACAGGUGCUCGAGGCCUGCGUGACAUCCUUCCACGAGCCGUACUUUGUUGACUUGCAGAAGGAUCUCGCGUCGCUCAUCGCGGCGAUCGUGGUCCACUACAUGACGCUGACGGAUUCGCCGAAGAACUUCCUCCUCAGCAUCCCAGGCGUCAAGUUCAAAGACUUUGAGAAGCUCGGGGAGUUUGCGCAGAAGCCCAGCUCCGGGUCGCGCCAACAGCGGGCGCUCGUGCUGCAUCUUUUGAAGGACGUCAAGGGCGUGAGCAUGGCCGAGAUGCACAAACUGCCCAAGAGCGGGCUGCCGGCUGUGCAGAAGAAGCCGGCGCGCAGCAAGAUGGCGCAGGAGUUUAUGACGCCCGCGGACGAGGCGGGGUCCAAGGGCCAGCCAUCGACGGGCGUCGCCGACGAUAGCCUCAUUGGGCUCGCCAACUUGUUCGACGCGUAA